AUGGAUAGUCAAACGCUACACCCUCCAGCACCCGACUACUCCGCCAAGCUCCCACCACUGGCGAACCAUGAUAACAACAGAACGCUCCCUUCCCUGAGCUCCAUCGCCGGGCCCCAGCAUCGCCGACACGACUUGUCCAUCGAUCAUUCCGCCAUGGCGCCCAGCAAUUGGACCCCCCACGGCAACACCAUGUCCUACCGACAACCCCCUCCUCAGCCCUCGCGUGCAGAAAGCCCCGUCAAUCCCGAUUUUGACGGCACAAACAGUGUCACCAGUGACGCUUCUCCGGAUAGCCAAAAGGAAGGAACCCCAACAAGCCUCACGCUCGACGAUCCCGACGUCCGCCUUGCCGCUGAAGCCCUAGGCGAUCUCAGAGCUGAUUUCGUCUCAUCCCCUCCCGAUACCUCUGGAGCCAUGAGCCCGCCUCCGCAGAACAUGCACAUUGCCACAACCUCGUCCUCCGCUGCUGGGCCCUCACGGCCACCCAGGCAGGAACCGCUUCUGCAGCUACUAACGACCGCUCACCCUUUCAUUGCCUCCACCGUCUCCAACUACCACAGCACCAAAAACUACUCUCCACGUUUCAAGUCGGGUGCCGAAUAUGUCGAGGGAUACCUCACACCACUCGCCAAGACGGUCAACCGAACCGCUAGAAGGACUGGUGUCGAAGGUGGUGUGCGCUGGUUCCUCGGUGGUCGUCGGCACGCCGCCCCUACCUCAGAACCCGAAUCUGCCCCCAAUUCUAAGAAGCGCCGCAAGGUCGGUGAAAAGGAUGGCCAAGAAACUGAGGAUGGUGUUGCGUCCAACGACACUUCCCCUCCCACCCCCAAGAGCGCUCGUCGCUCUUCUGUGAGCACCAUUGACACGCUGCCUGCAUAUGAUGAGCUGCGUUCACCUGCCUAUAGCGAGACGGCUGGCCCUCCCGCUACAUCCCAGAACCAGGCCGCCUGGCAGACGCGUCUGUUCAUGUCUACUUCUGGCCUCAGCGUCGCCAUGAGCUCUGAGAGUCUCAAGAGCCUCAAGUAUUGCCUCAAGUGGCUGCGAUGGACCAACGGUCGCAUGGACAAGGCUAUUAGCUCCCUUAAGGAUGCUCUUGAGGAAUACGAGGGCGCCUGCAACACGCAGGCGAGACUGGUAGAGAACAACGGCCAAGAAACGGACCAGACUAUGGAGGGAAUCGAGGGUGGCAGCGGCACCAAAACUCCCGAGGAGGCCCGCACCGAAAUCGCCAACCGCAUCCAAGUCAUCAAGACGGAUAUUCUAAAGACACUACAGGAAGUCGUCACCACUGUCUCUAAAUAUGCUGGCGGUGCUCUCCCCGAGAAUGCCAGAAUUCUUGUCCGCCGCCACCUCACCAGCCUUCCCCAGCGUUUCCGCCUAGCCACCAUGAAUGAGAAUCCCAGCAAUGCCAGCAACACCAGCGAUAACAGCCCGGCCCUGCGUGACGGCGCGCAGAAGGUCCUUGUCUUGGCCAAGGAGGGCCUGGACAUGGUGACGCAAAUCACUGGUGUCCUCGACGGGACCAUUGUCAGUGCUGAAGAGUGGUGCGAGCGCAUGGGUAAGAAGUGCGAGAACGAGGACGAGGCCAUGGUUCUCGACGAAAAGGUGGCUUUGGCCGCUGCCAGCGAGCCCUCCAGCGCAGAUGUCAAGAUGGGUUGA